CUCGCCGGUCUAGGAGGAUACUCACCGACCCUAAUGGAGGGUACUGCCGGCGUCCCCCUACCGCGUGCUCGCUGCUCGCCGGAAAGAUCCCCGCGGUCCGCGGCUCGGCGGCGGAGGGAGGAGUUGCCGGAGCUAGAGGAAUCGCUUGUCUACUGGACCGCCAUGCUGGCCGCGGUCGCCAAGGGCUCGUCGAAGCUUGUCGCCGGUUAUGACUCUGCCGGAUCUCCAAGCGGUCACGGAUCUAAGCUCGCCGGAGAGAGGCUCGCCAAGGGCUCGCUGAAGAGGACCGGGAGUGGCUCGCCGGAGGAAGGAGGUAUUCACCAGAGGCCUGCCGCUGUCCGUGGCUCGCCGUAGGAGGAGCUCACUGCCCAGAUCUGGUGAUGCGACUUUCCGAUUUGAGAAGAAAAGGAAAUGGGCUCU